GGUAAUACCCGUAGGCACCUAAAACAUCACUCCCAUCCCGUCUCUCCAGUCAAAGCUCCCAAAUCCUCCACUUCCAGCAACUCACGAUACAGACAGACGUUUGGGUACACAACUACGGCACCACUACCCCCGGGUGUCUUCUCAUCGUCAUCGUCUACGCAUCACCCAUUCCACCCAUCUCCCUACCUGCAACCCGCCAUCUCUCUCCCAGCCAUGCCUCUCUUGACCUUCUUCUCCCCGGCAUAGUCAGAAAUACCCAGGUCGCCUUUGGUGCUAUCUCAUCGUCAACCCGAGAAAAUGGUCAGCGGCACCGGCCAGAAGUUCACCACUGCCACCACGGUGAUUGCUGGUGUCUUCUCUCUAUCAGCAACUUUGGUGUCUAUCGUCUCGAUAUGGCUUCAAUUGAAGAACUACCGAAAGCCGCUCCUGCAGCGAUAUGUCGUGCGGAUAUUGUUGAUGGUCCCCAUCUAUUCGAUCAGCUCGUGGUCUAGCAUGGUGUCCCGCACCGCCGCAGCGUUUCUGGCCCCCGUAAGGGAUAUCUACGAGGCGUUCACGAUAUAUACCUUCUUUCAGCUUCUAAUCAACUAUCUCGAUGGCGAACGAGCUCUUAUAAUCAUGACCCACGGCCGUGCCCCGGUACAUCACCUAUGGCCCCUGAACCACGUCCUAUCGAAAGUCGACAUAUCCGACCCGCAUACCUUCUUAGCUAUCAAACGAGGGAUACUCCAAUAUGCCUGGCUUAAGCCUAUUCUAGCUUUGGCCGCUAUCAUCAUGAAGGCUACAGGCACUUACCAAGAGGGGUAUAUCGGCCUCACGUCAGGCUACCUCUGGAGUGGCAUCAUCUACAACAUCAGUGUCACCGUCAGUCUAUACUCCCUAGGCCUGUUCUGGGUCUGCAUGCACCACGACUUGCAGCCCUACCGGCCCGUGCCAAAAUUCUUGAGCAUCAAGCUCAUCAUCUUCGCUUCCUAUUGGCAAGGCUUCUUUCUCUCCAUCCUGGUUUGGCUGGGCGCGAUUCCGGACGACGUUCAGGGCUAUACCUCGGACAAUCUUGCAGCUGCCAUCCAGGAUGCCUUGAUCUGCUGCGAGAUGCCUGUCUUUGCCGUGGCCCACUGGUACGCUUUCUCAUGGCACGAUUACGCCGACAAUACCGUUUCUUCUGCCAGGUUACCCGUCAAAUUUGCGAUGAGGGAUGCUUUCGGCAUUGUUGACCUUAUUGAAGACUCUAAACAGACCUUUAGGGGCGAUCAGUAUAGCUAUAGGAUAUUUGACUCUAGUGGAAAAGUCAUUGCACACGAAGACUCGAGUUCCCGAUUCGCCAGACUAAAAGAUGGGAUGAGGUAUAUGCGAGGGGGUGAAGCUAAAUAUUGGAUUCCUAAACCCGGCGAGCUCAGGGGCGAAAUGAGCGUGAAUACGCCCCUUUUAGGCUCAAGCGGGGGGCCCAGUGGUACGAACAACCCACGGCCUAACUAUGAUCAUGACCCUCUCAACGGUGUCGAAUUAGACGCCGAUGACGAAGCCAUCUACCAUAAAGCCCGAGAGCUGGAGUUCGGGGAUUGGAAUUAUCCUGUAAUCACAGCCAAUGUCCCGUCGAGGGAUCUCUGGACCUCCGGGACUCCGGCUGUGUACCAGUCGAGCACCGGAGCCUGGCACGCAUCCCGGUCCCGCUCGUCUCAAAGUAUAAGCAAUAAGCCGAUAACAAAACCGGCACCCAGUGCGCAGACCGUCAUCAGCAAGAAAAAGAAAGGCAAACAAAAGCAGUCGAAAUCCGCACCCAAACGCCCCCCUGAACCCGCGGUUGUCGCCGCGCAAGAGUCGCAGUCUCAGGGCCCACUCGGCCCCCCCGUGCUCACGACGUCCGAUCCCCAUAUCCUAGAGCAGGAGGCCGAGGAAGAGGAUCCCAACUUUAGGAUAGGUGACGCGACCCCAGACAAGACCACUCCCGGAGUGCAGGCGGAAGACAGAAGCGGCGGAGAUGGGCCGUGGGGCGGCGCGGAGGUGGAGCAAGAAGGUACCAGGAGUCCAUUCUUCAGCGCCGGGAACGAGGAUGAGUUCCGGAACGUUUGGGGCGGCGACCGCUAGUGAUUUUUUUUCUCUCUUCCCUGAUUCCCCCCUGGAGGUUGAUUGGUCGAAUUUGAAUUUGAGAUUCUUUUUUUGUUUUGGCGAUAUAUUCUUAGAUACCCCUGGGACUCGCAUACGGCCUUUCUUGCAUCUAGAGGGGGGGUAGCAUUGGUGGUAAUAGUAAAAAGAGUGAGAGAAGACGAAGGAAAACAUAGCAUAAUAUUUAGAGCUAGCAGUCGUUCUCGAAAACCGUGCUUGUUAAGUGCGCAGCCAUCUGGGAGAGGGGGUCUAAGCAUCUCGUGUUAGACAUAUUACGGGUUCGAUAAUAGACACGUUAACCCAA